GCCACUACGGCUGCGGCACACGUAUUGCUGCCGUUCAAGCUUCAUAUCGGCGUUCCGCUUCCCAAGCUCACGGGAGGGCUCACGAGCCGCGACACGGCAUCAACCCAGACGUCGCUCAUCGGGGGUGAGUUGGCCUUCAUGGUCAACGCUACUGUCGGCACUCCAGGGCAACAAAUUUCGCUCAUUGUAUCGCCGUCGGCCUCCGACACGUGGGUGCCCGAUGCAACGUCGUCGGACUGCGAUCCGUCCUACUACAGUUCAUACUAUGGUGACGACUACAACUACACGAUGCCCGAUCCGUCUUGCGUAUGGGGCAGCUAUAAUUCGUCGUUGUCGUCGACGUACCUGCCGGCGAACUCGAAGUACUCGUCGUUCGACGCAUCGUACAUGGAUGGGACAGACGCCUAUGGCACCAACGUCACAGACCGGCUGGCAUUGGGCGACAUUGUGAUGGACGAUUACUCCAUGGGAGUGGUGCAGAGCGCCGACCGUUGGAUUGGCGUGCUUGGCCUCGGCCCCAACUCGACGUCAAGCUCAAGUUACUACUCAUCGAGCUAUCCCGGCAAAUACGCUCACUUUCUGGACCGCUUGGUAUCCUCUGGCAAGAUCGCCACUCCUGCGUACAGUCUGUGGCUCGAUGAUGCCGAUGCCAAGUCCGGCAGCUUGCUCUUUGGCGCCGUCGACCAGUCCAAGUUCGAGGGGAGCCUGGUUCGCCUCGAUGCCGACGCGUCGAACAAAUACCAGGACACGUUUGCCGUUUCUCUCAACGCCGUCAAUGGCUCCACCAGUUCUGGCUCCGACAUGUCGGCCAUCAAAUCGAACGACUACCCUUUCACCGUUGCCAUCAGCCCCGGCGACACCUUUUCUUAUCUACCCUCGCUCAUCGCCUCCAAGAUCAUGAUUAUUGCAGGUGCCAGAUAUAACCGCACAAUCGGACGGAAUGUCAUCAGCUGCGACGCCGCCAAGUCUAACUCGGCUAAGUUCGCCUUCGAGCUGGGCGGUUCCGGUGGCCCGGUAGUGACGUCCCAGGUUUCCGAUCUCAUCUUGGCGCCGGGACUUUUGAGAGGCGGAUCGAGGUACUCGUACUUUGCUGACUCGCCCAACUUGUGUCUGUUCGGCAUUCAAAACUACUCGUCGUCGUCGUCGUCGUAUUCCACAUCGGACACCUCCACCUCACGGUUCAGUAUCGGCAACUCGCUGCUGCGGCGCAGCUAUCUUGUCUUUGACGUUGUCAAUGAGGAGGUGGCCUUUGCUCCUACCAAGAUGUCGUCCGGUUCGGAAAAGCCGAAUCCUACCAUUGUUUCGUUUGCAAACUAUGCGGCCAAGGUCCCGUCGUCGUCCAUAUUCUGCUCGGCCAGCUCCGGCAACGGGAACGGGAACGGGAAUGGCAACGGAUCCGGUUCUGGUACGGACUCUGACACUAGUUCAAGUGGAGACUCGAAUCCCCUUUCCAGGCCUUGGGUGAAGGUUGUCAUCGGAAUCAGCGUCUCUUUCGGAACGAUAAUUCUCAUUGCUUUGGGCGUGGCCGCAGUCCUCUGGAGACGUGCGAUAGUUGGGGGAAAGACAGUGCCGACAAAGGAUCUCGACGAUGAAUCACUAAGCGGUCCAGCAGGCGCGGCAGGUCAGAACGUCAUGUCGGGCGGUAGUGGGCCGGCGGCGGUAGCUCCCGGGGCUUUGCCUUCCAUUCCCGAGCACCAGGGAGUGGUUGGCGGAGGCGGCACGCAAGCCCCUCAGCUGCCGGCUCUGGCCGGACAGGAGCCAAUGAUGGCGGUGGCGGUGCCUGCGGGGUCUUCGGACCGUGGCUCUGUUGCCGUAUCCGCCCUGAGCACGGACGAGCACCCAUCGCCACAUGCAACAGCGGCAGAGGUACGGCGAUACGAUGAGCCGCUAGCACCAACUGCAGGGCCCGAGCCGGAAAGGGAGGCUCCCGCCCCGCCAAGGUCGCCCAAGGGCAAG